AUGAGUUUAUAAUAAUAAUUACAAUAAGCUUUUUUCGAAUAAUAAAUCUCUGGACAUUCUAUAUUUAUUAAACUUAAUGAUGGCGAGUUUGUAGCUAAGUCCUACUCAAUAGAAAAUAAUAAUGAAUAAAAGUAUUUCUAAAAGCUAAUUAGUUUUUAUGAAUGGAUUCAGCAAAUAGAUGGUUAUUAAGAGUACUUCUCUAAAUAUAAUGGGGUUGUUAUUCUAGAGAAAAAUCAAUAAGUAUCAAAUUAGCAAACAAUUAACUAAUAAUAAGAAUGGUUAAAUUCUCUCAUUUCUAAGAGAUAUAAUCCAAAUAAUACGAGUAUUUAUAUUCAAUUAUAUAGAAUAUUUGUUACUUGAAAAUUUGACUUAAAAUUCAUAGAAUUUAAGAAUUCUUGACUUAAAAUUAGGUUAUACAGUUCAUAAAUAGUCACAUAUAUAACGUUAUCAAGAUUCAACUUCCUCUAAAAUAGGUUUAAGGAUUUGUGGAAUGAAGAUAUAAGAAGAUAAUGAAUUAGUCAUAUUUAAAGAUAAACAUUGGGGUAGAACAAUAUCUGUAGAGGAAUUAAUUGAAUCACUUAAGAUAUUUUUUAGUUUAAAAAAUAGAAAUAGUAAGUUAAAUUUAUUAAAUUAUUUAGAAAUCUUGAAAGAAGCCAUAGAUAAGAUAGAAUCACUAAAGUAAUUCAUUACUAAUCAUUGUAAGUAAGUAAUUUCAUGGUAAGGUACAAGUUUAUUAUUAAUUUAUCGUCAUGAAAAUGAUUUUAAAAUUAAAUUGAUUGACUUCUCUAAUACUAUAGUGGACCCAGAAUCUACUGAAAUCAAUGCUGAAAUUAUCAAAGCCUUAAAUAGUCUAUAGGAUAUUAUAAAGCAAAUUUGA